ACCCAGUCAGUCAUUAACUAGGGUUUAAACCCGUCUAAGAAAUUUGCCCGCUCUUUCCCCCAAACUCAAAAUCUCCAAAAGAGCGGGAGAGAGACGGAGAGAAAGUAAACUAGGGUUUGUUAUCAUGUCGAUUAGAAGUAGGAAUUUCACAGUUGUUGGUGAAUUCAAACCAUUUGGUUUGAUAGCAGAAGCAUUAGACGGAAAACAACCAUUUGAAAGUGCCGCCAACAAACCAGAAAAGUACGAUUACUUCCUUUUCAACCCUAAAAUCACUCGUGAGAAUGACAAUUCAUUCGAUUACGAUUCAUCUGCUUCUUCUUCUUGUGAUCAAAGUGAUCACGAACUCUUCAUUCGUGGAAAUCGGAUAAUAUGGAGCUCAGGUUCUCGUAUUCAGAAGAGAUAUACAUCUCCUUCUACCGUCUUAAAGGCAUGUUGGUGUCGUUUGGGUGUCAAUUCAGAAUCAGUGCUAUGUGUAUUACAACGUGAUACUUUGGCAAUUUAUAAUACCUCUGGCGAAGUAGUGAGGGUUCCUCUCCCACAUACAGUUGUGUCAAUUUGGCCUGUUCCGUAUGGGGUAAUCCUUCAAAAAGGAACUGAGGGAAAUCAACUACCUUAUGUACCUUUUUCAUCUUCUUCGAGUCCAUUUGUUAGUGCACGUCCGAAAAGAGAUCAUGGGUAUAGUCCACAAUUGCAUCCAAAUACACGUAAUUCAUUUGAUAAGGGACAUAUAACUAAGCAAUCGUCGCAUCUGGUUCUAAAAGAUUUGCUGGAAGAACCUCAGGCCACCUUUGUUGAAGAAAGGGGACAUAUGAACGUGAUGAAAGAUUUUGAUGAAAGAACUAUUUGGACUAGUGAUGUUGUUCCUUUAAUGGCAACAUACCACAAAGGAAAAAUGCAACAUUCCCUCUGGUCCAUUGAAAUUGUUGGUUCCAAUCCUGGAUCUGCCAGUGCAAAUUCGUGUGAAGUGCUUCCCGACGGGAUGUUAGUUAAACAAUUCUUUUUCCGGAGAAUAUGGCAGGGAAAGGGUGCUCAGUUUGCUGCUAGUAAGGUUUUUCUGGCAACGGAAGUCGAUGGGGUACCUAUUAUCUGUUUCCUUCUGCAACAACAAAAAAUACUUCUCUGUUUACGACUCCAAACUGUAGAGAUAAAUAAUGAAAUUCUCUUUGAUAUCAAACCUGAUAUGAGCUGGAGUAUCCCUGCAAUUGAUGCUGCUUGUGUGAUUGUGACACGGCCAAGAGUAAAAGAUGGGUUGCUGCCAUUUGGUGACAUCAUUGUCUUGGCUCCGGAAAACAUCGUUCUUCUUUAUUCUGGAAAGCAAUGUCUGUGUAUGUAUUCACUACCAUCUGGGCUGGGUAAAGGCAUGCAUUCAUCUCAUCCUAGCUCUUCAGCAUCAUCAUCUUUUCGCAAUGAGUUAAAAAUUACAGGACUGGCUGAGGCUGUUGAAGGUCGAGUUAAUGUAAUUCUUAGUAAUGGACAGGUGUUUAGAUGUGCUUUAAGAAGAAGCCCUUCUUCUUCCUUGGCAAAUGACUGCAUCACGGCAAUGGCACAUGGGUUACAUUCUAAUUUCUAUAAUCACUUCCUGAUUCUUCUUUGGGGCGAUGGUGACUCUGCAUAUUUGUCAAAUGCUGAUUCUUGUGUCAAUUCAGAGUGGGAGGCUUUUAGUAAUAUUAUACUGCAAAUGUGUAGAAAAUUGAAGUUUAUUCCUGAAAAGAGUUCUGGUGGUAUGCUGCCUUCAUCCUGGGAGUUUUUACUUAGCAGCAAAUUUCACAAGAAUUACUGCAACAUUACUUCUUUAACUGGGACUUCUUCCUCAAAAUAUCUUGACUUUAAAGAUAGUUCUAGACCAAACGUAGGGAAUAAACAAAUCCCCGAGAAGUCAUUGUAUGCACAGCUUCUGCUGGAGACGUUGGAUGCCUUGCAUGCUCUCUAUGAGAGUUUGAAAUUGGAUAACCUUCGUAAAAGGGACUUAGGACUUCUGGUUGUUCUAUUAUCUGAUGUAGCUGGUAUUCUUGGUGAGGAAAGCUAUGUAGACUACUACGUCCGUGAUUUCCCUCACAUGAGCCAAAAAGUGGGGACUGUCGAGACCCCUUGUUCACCUAGAACCCCUCCGAGCUUAUUCAGAUGGUUUGAGUGCUGUUUGCAGCGUGGUUGUCAUUUGGCUAGCGUUAAUGAUCUUCCACCUUUAAUCUGCAAAGAUGGAUGUUCCGUCGUGAGCUGGGCCAGAAAGAUAGUUUCAUUUUAUAGCCUGUUAUUAGGGGCUGAAAGGGUUGGCAAGAAGCUUUCGACUGGUGUUCAUUGUGAAAUUGCUACUGGAGCCUUCUGUACUUCUGAGGAGCUCACUAUCUUGGCAAUGGUUGCAGAAAAAUUUGGGUUGCAACAACUAGACCUACUGCCUGCUGGUGUAUCACUUCCUUUGCGACAUGCUCUGGACAAAUGCAGAGAAUCUCCCCCCACAGACUGGCCUGCAGCUGCUUAUGUGCUUAUUGGUCGAGAGGAUUUAGCAUUGUCAUGUGCAGAACACUCAAGCAAAUCCAAAGAGCUGGAAUCCCAAACGAGCGUUAACUUAAUUUCUGUUUCUACUCCGUACAUGCUGCAUUUACAUCCGGUCACGACCCCUUCAUCAGUUUCUGAUGCAACGAGAUUAGAUGGUUUCACGAUUGAAGAUGCUGAUUCUCUUGAGGGAUCGACAGAAGAUGGUAUGGAGCAUAUCUUCAACUCUAGCACACAGCUGCGGUAUGGGCGGGAUCUGCGAUUAAAUGAGGUUAGGCGCCUUUUGUGCUCGGCAAGGCCUGUCUCGGUGCAAACGUCUGGGAGUCCUACUGCAUCUGAUCAAGACCAACAACAGGCUCAGCUAUGGCAGCUCGCACAAAGGACUACUGCUAUCCCAUUCGGUCGUGGAGCAUUUACUCUUGCUACAACCUGCACUCUUUUGACAGAGGCACUCGUGGUUCCAAAGCUUGUCUUGGCAGGUCGCUUGCCCGCUCAGCAAAAUGCAACUGUAAAUCUUGAUCCAAGUAUAAGAAAUAUACAGGAACUUAGAACUUGGCCCGAGUUUCAUAAUGCUGUUGCUGCUGGGUUAAGACUGUCACCUUUACAGGGGAAAAUCUCAAGAACAUGGAUAACAUAUAACAAACCCGAGGAGCCAAAUGUUACCCACGCAGGACUGCUCCUUGCCAUAGGAUUGCAUGGACAGUUGCGUGUUUUAACUGUCACUGACACUUAUCAGUAUUUCUCACAGGAGCACGAAAGCACGACUGUAGGAUUGAUGCUUGGUUUGGCAGCAUCCCAUAGGGGAACUAUGCAGCCAGCUGUAUCUAAGGCUCUUUAUUUUCAUAUUCCUUCUCGCCAUCCAUCUACCUUUCCAGAAUUGGAAUUGCCAACACUUUUGCAGUCAGCAGCUCUCAUGGCUAUUGGGAUACUUUAUGAAGGAUCAGCGCAUCCACAAACUCUACAAAUUCUUCUGGGGGAAAUCGGGCGUAGAAGUGGAGGUGAUAAUGUACUUGAAAGAGAAGGCUAUGCUGUUGCAGCAGGAUCUGCACUGGGGCUCGUAGCUUUGGGUCGAGGGGAAGACGCAUCUGGUUUCAUGGACACUUUGGUGGACCGUCUAUUCCAGUAUAUUGGUGGCAAAGAGCAUCAUAGUGAUAGAUCUUUUACCACACCACCAUCUGUUGACGAUCCCAACCGCUCUGCCGGGCAGAUGAUGGAUGUCACACCAGUCAAUGUCGAUGUAACUGCACCUGGUGCUAUAAUUGCUCUAGCUUUAAUGUUUCUGAAGACAGAAUCGGAGGUUACGGCUUCAAAGCUUUCUAUCCCACAGACUCAUUUUGACUUGCAAUAUGUAAGGCCUGAUUUCAUAAUGCUGCGUGUCAUUGCUCGGAACUUGAUAAUGUGGAGCAGAGUUCAGCCAUCUGGAGAAUGGAUUCAAUCCCAGAUUCCUGAAAUUGUGAAGAUUGGGGUUGCAAACCUAGGAGAUGAGAAUGGAGAGACUGAUGAAAUCGAUGUAGAAGCACUAGUUCAGGCGUAUGUCAAUAUAUUAGCUGGAUCAUGCGUUUCUCUCGGGUUGAGGUAUGCUGGUACCAGAAAUAGCAAUGCACAGGAGUUGCUCUAUAAUUAUGCUAUCUACUUCUUAAAUGAGAUUAAGCCUGUGACUGGUGCAAGUGUGAGAACUUUGCCUAAAGGUUUAUCACUAUAUGUAGAUCGAGGCACAUUGGAAAUAUGCUUGCACCUCAUUGUUCUUUCCCUCUCAGUGGUUAUGGCGGGAUCUGGCCAUCUCCAAACUUUUCGUCUGUUAAGAUUUCUUCGUUGUCGAAGCUCUUCAGAUGGACAUGCUAAUUAUGGUUUUCAAAUGGCUGUUAGUUUAGCUAUUGGUUUCUUGUUCCUUGGUGGAGGAAUGCGGACCUUUUCAACUUCAAACAGUUCAAUUGCUGCUUUGCUGAUUACCCUCUAUCCCCGCUUGCCUACUGGACCAAACGACAAUCGAUGCCACUUGCAGGCGUUCAGGCACUUGUAUGUCCUUGCAACAGAAGCUCGCUGGGUGCAGACUGUUGAUGUUGACACAGGUUUGCCAGUUUAUGCACCUCUUGAUGUCACCGUUGCAGAAACUGAACAUUAUUCAGAAACAAGCUUUUGUGAAGUUACACCUUGUAUUCUACCAGAACGCUCCAUUCUGAAAACUGUUAAAGUUUGUGGACCUAGGUAUUGGCCUCAGGUGAUAGAGCUAAUUCCAGAAGAUAAACCCUGGUGGAGUUCAGGAGAGAAAAAUGACCCCUUUAAUGGUGGCAUAAUCUAUAUCAAACGGAAAGUUGGAGCUUGUUCAUAUGUGGAUGACCCUGUUGGGUGCCAGUCACUGCUCUCACGAGCGAUGCACAAGGUUUGUGAUUUGGCAAGUUUACGAUCUUGUGCUACCAGUGGCAAUGGAAAUAGUGAACUAGGUUUGUUUAAAGUUGAUCAGCUGGUCAGCACGUUCUCAUCAGAUCCUAGCUUAAUAGCUUUUGCGCAGCUUUGCUGCGACCCUUCUUGGAAUAGCAGAUUGGACGUUGAUUUCCAGGAAUUCUGUUUACAAGUAUUAUUUGACUGUGUGAGCAAGGACAGACCAGCUUUGCUACAGGUAUAUCUUUCAUUAUACACAAUUAUCGGAUCGAUGGCUGAACGAGUGUCCAGCAGUAAUGUCGUAUUCAGUGACUCCAUCUUCAUCUCUAGUUUAAAGGUUGCACUUGCCUACAAUGAGGCUUUGAUCAGUGGGAAAUUAACCAGUUCAAAGGGGGGUAUAGUCCAGUCCACCUUCAUUGCAUCUCUCAGGAAGAGGGUUGAAGAAAUCAUUAACUAUUCAAGAGCUAAGGAUGACCUAUAUCACUAUCUGAAUGGGGCGAAUUGGUCACAAGUCCAAGGAGACAAGAAUGCAGUGCUUGCUUGGUAUCUUCAGUGGUUCAGCGUCCCACCUCCUUUCGAGGUUAAGUCCGCGAUAGGAAAACUUAGGCCCAUAGUUGAGAAGUCAUCAUCGGUCCCUCUUAUGCGUUUGCUGCUGCCUAGAACCCACAUUACCGCCAUUUCAGAGAUUGAUCAGCUGCAGAGUUCUCUAACAAUCCCUUGUUGAUUUUGCAUGACAGAAGUUGUCAAACAUGCAUCUAAUCAAACUUACCUCCAACAACAACGGCAGGCAUCAAGACUGCUCUUAUUUUCACAACUCAGGUGCAAAGAAGAAGAAAGGUAUAUUGUUCAACUAAAGAUGACAGAGCAAAAUAAACCUUGUAUAACCUUCAUCAAAUCAGGAUUCCAUCCACAAACACAAACACUUGAAACAGUAACGGAUUCUACAGCAGUAGCAGAAUGACGUUUUUGCGGGUUUAUUCUGUUCCAUCAACUAUAAGUACCAGCAUUGUUAAUCUAUUUAGUUUAGUUGCGUAAAUGUUGUACCAUAAUAUAAGCUGCAUGUAAAUGAAAAAUCCAAAAUUGUGAACCCUAUUUAUAUGUUUAUUUCAGUAAAAGAUUAUAAGUA